AACCCAGUGUGUGCAUUGGGUGUUGUAGGUUGACAGUGUGAAUUAACAUAUCGUACCACCUCGCCUUUUGUGACCAGUCUCCUGAGCAAUACGAACCCAUUUUACAAAAGAUAUAAAAGGAAACGCUGCUCUCCUCUUCCACUCUCUGCACAUCUCCCACACUUCUCGUGGCCGUUCAGCCUUCGGUUUUUGUUGCUAACGCCUCAGUCACCCGCACGACCUACAACCAUGACCCAGCUGGAGACAGCCAUGGCCAUUCUGAUGAAGGUCUUCGAUACCUAUGCUGCUGGAGAGGGUAAAAAAGACACCCUGACCAACGGUGAGGUGAAGACACUGCUGGAGAAGGAGCUGCCUGGAUUGCUCAAGGGAGCAAAGAACCCAGGUGACGUGGACAAAUUCUUGAAAGGGUUGGAUAUGAACGGAGACGCUGAGGUUGAUUUCGAUGAAUUUAUGGUGCUAGUGACCGCGCUCACUUGCAUGUGCCAUAACCGAUGUUCCAAGAAGUGAACAGGGUGACGACUGCACCCUCAGGUGGAACCAAGAGUUGCCAUUGUCAACAACAGCAAAAGCAUUUACAGUCACUGUACACUGUACUGACAAAUAAAAAGAUUUAUCAUAAUCGUCA